CGGUGAGGCACCCGUUCAUCAGCCAACGAACGCCCAAAACCUCGAGUUGGGCGCGUUCCUUCGGUGUGCAACAGCCGCCGCACGCCGCCCUCCGCCGCCGCCUGCUCCAGCUGCCCGUGCUGGUCACGUUUCCGCACAAGUAGCUCCUGAAGCUCGUUGUCUUUUGGAUAGAAGCCAGGAUCUUCCUUUUUUCUGCAAUUUUCCCGACAAGCUUGCCCAACACACCAGAACCUCAAAUUUCUACACACAUUUCGCGCCGAGACCCUUCGUGCCUUUUAAUUGCCCGCCAUGGCUGACGUCCCGGGCUUCGUCCACCGCAAAUUCAGCAUCAAUCGCAACACGGGCGUUCCUAGGCCCGCCCGCCGCUUCUCCAUCGGAGAGCCGGGGCUCAGCGAGGCGAGCAGUAAGGCUCAUCGCCAAUUUCGAGCUGCCCACGAAGGCCAUCUCCCCCAUGCCGGCUUGGAUGCCACCAGGGCGUCGACGGGCGUCGUCUGGUGCACCGAGCGAGCAGCCGAAUUUGGCUUCUUCGACGAGCCCGAGAAGUGGGCUAACCUGGGCCAGGGCGCCCCGGAGGUGGAUGACGACAUCGAGGGCUGCUUUCCACGGCCCACCCAAAUUGACAUCAGCGCCGCCAGUCGCGAGUAUGGCCCAACUGCGGGCAUCAAGCCGUUGAGGGAGGCCGUCGCCCGCCUGUACAACGAAAUGCACCGCAAGGGCAAACCGAGCCAGUACACCUGGGAGAAUGUCGCCAUUGUGCCCGGCGGUCGUGCCGGUCUUAUCCGUAUUGCCGCCGUCCUGAACAACGCUUACGUCGGCUUCUUCAUUCCCGACUACACUGCCUAUAACGAGAUGCUCUCGCUGUUCAAAAACUUUGCGGCCAUCCCCGUCCCCCUGUCCGAAGAGGACGGCUACCACAUCCACCCGGAGAAGAUCGCCGAGGAGAUUGCCCGCGGUACCAGCGUGAUCAUCACAUCGAACCCGAGAAACCCGACUGGCAGGGUUGUCCAGAAUCCCGAGCUGGCCGAGAUCCAGGAUAUCUGCCGCGAGCGCGCCACCCUUGUGAGCGACGAAUUCUACUCGGGAUACAAUUACACAAGCGACUGCGACGGCUCCACCAUCAGCGCUGCUGAAAAUGUCAUCGACGUCGACGAAGACGAUGUGCUGAUUAUCGACGGCCUGACCAAGCGCUUCCGCUUGCCAGGCUGGCGGGUGGCCUGGAUCCUCGGGCCCAAGGAAUUCAUCAAGGCCAUCGGCUCCUGCGGCUCCUACCUGGACGGCGGCACCAACGUGCCCUUCCAGGAGGCCGCCAUCCCCAUGCUCGAGCCGUCGCUCGUGCGCCAGGAGAUGGCGGCGCUGCAGCGCCACUUCCGCGAGAAGCGCGAUUACGUCGUCGCCCGCCUGCGCGCCAUGGGCUUCGUCAUCCGCCACGUGCCCGACUCGACUUUUUACCUGUGGCUCAACCUCGAGGGCCUACCGGCGCCCAUCUCGGACGGUCUCAACUUCUUCCAGGCCUGCCUGGAAGAGAAGGUCAUUGUCGUUCCCGGCAUCUUCUUCGACCUCAACCCGGCCAGGCGCCGCGACCUGUUUGAUAGCCCCUGCCAUCACUUUGUCCGCUUCUCGUAUGGCCCGCGGAUGGAGGUGCUCAAGAUGGGCUGCGAUGGUAUCGAGAGGGUUAUCAACAAGUUCAAGAACCUGGCUAGCCACUAAGUAAGUAGUGAGUUGGCGGCAUAACGCUUGAACGGGGUGGAGGAAUGUUGUUGCCGGCCUCGAUAGUUUCACCAACCCUCGGCGUCACCCCCUCAGUUACAAAAUUCCUUGUUUUUCAAGCCUCUCCAGUGCUGUUCCUUCUCGUGGCUGCCCCUUGCUUGCCAGAUGGACGAGAUGCGACAAGAUCUUCGGAUCGAUGAAUCCUCUUUAAAUUAGCUUCAGACCCAAAAUAAUUAUACGACGUUCAACCCACUUGUCUAGCCAUGUAUUCACUG